UUACCUACACAUUACUAACCCUUACUUGAUUUAUUUCCUACAUACAUCAAAUAUGACCCAGCUUUUGUACAACAAGUAUAGCUUUGACAUCAAGCCAUUUAUUGAUUUGUAUGUAUUUUAUUCAUUUCAAAAUUAAAUCAGACAAUUGCUGUCCUUCAUGCUUCAGAUUCAUAUUUAACCGUCAAGCAGCACACUCUCAUUUUUUGUUUUCUGCUUUUAAUUAUUACUGUACAGGUUUCCCACACCCAGUGAAACCUAAAUAUGUCUAGAAUAUUUAAUUAGCUGGUAAUAAGAAUAAUUUAUGUAAAAUAUAAAUGAAAUAUAUGUCAGUGUGUGGGAACUUUAGUAAUUUUUGUAAUAUAUAGUGCUUGGCUCGGAUAAUAUUUCAUUUUUAUUUCAUUAUCACAUGGGAGUUCAGUAACUGUUUUAACUCUUGCAUGUGCAAAGAUGCAUGUCUGGUCGUGUAGUGCAAGUGUUUUAUAUACCGCUGCAUGUCUGAAAGUGAAGCUGCAAUGCUGCUGUGUGGAAAAUAAUCCAAUCAGAGUGUGGGAAAGCGUAAUCCUGUCUAAUCCCACCACAGCCAUGAAGAACAGAGAUCAGUCCAGACACAGAAACAGCAGCACAAACAAACAUCCUCUCCUUCAGAAAUGUUUUUUUUCACAAUUACACAAUGUUUCCUCAGCUGUGAAUCUGCAACAAAUGACAAUAAAGGUUAAGCUGGAGUGCCACAGUAGAGAAAAGUGUUAUUAUCAAAUUAAAUGCACCAGUCACACGUUGACAUCCAAGAGGAGAUCAGUUGAUUUACUCUCACAUGGCCAGACAGGUGCAAGAACAGUUGCACAGGUCACCUGUUACUUUUUUGAGGAUGUCAUUGAUGGGGUGGCAAACACAAUCGUGCAUUUAUUAUAGAGAUUAACUGAUAAUCUGUUUUAACAAUAUGUUUUUUUUCAGUAUUAAUCAUUAUCUACAUACUUAUAGCUCUGUGGAAAUUAAUUGAUCGUCUCAUGUGGGUAAUUGCUAUACAGUUCAAGUAUAAAUCUCCUUUUGAAAACCCUUUGUCAGUUUAUUUUGCCUAUUGUAAAUAUUGUUGCUAGUGCUGAUAUAAAAAUGAAAAAGCUGUUUUUUUUAGUUUUAAAGUUAAAGUAAAACAUUAAAUACAUAUCAAUUAUAGGAUCCAGAAACAAUUAAUCAGUAUCAGAUAUAAAAAAAUAAAAAAAAUCUGUAAUUUAUUCUCAAAGAUUUUAAAUAUGAGUUUUGUAUUUCUAAACUCUCCAUGUUCAAUUUUACAACAGAACCACCAGAAAUUUUGCUCUUUGAAUUUAGAGUUUUUGUAGGAUAUUUGUCUAGUGUGUGUGUGUGUGUGUGUGUGUAGUGUAUUUGUGUGUGGGGUUGCUAGGUGCUUCAGUCUCAUUUGUUCACAGCAUGAAGAAGAGUUUCCCAGAGGGUUUCCCUAAGGGAUUUCAGCAGUCCAACAGCUGCCACCUGGCUGUUUCUACGGCAACUGAGCAGCCCACCUUCAGCAAGCACACCUGAGAGAAAGAGAGCAGGGGAGACAAGAUACUACAGACGCUGCCAGGAUGGGGUACGAUCUAGAACGUUUUGUAGGCUAUGUGAACGAAGGUCUGCUGUGCUGUGUGUGUCGGGACGUGUUAGAAGAUCCGUUGCAGGCUCCGUGUGAACAUGCCUUCUGCAGCUCCUGUAUUCAUGGAUGGCUCAUCCACCAUAACAACUGUCCAGAGGACCGCUUGCCUUUAGACAUCACACAUCUACGCCCGCUAUUCAGAUACAUGAGGAAUGAUUUAGCAAAGCUGCAGGUGAGGUGUGUGUUUCGGCCACAAGGUUGUGAGGUCAUAUGUGCUCUGGAGUCUCUUCAUCGGCAUGAGGAACAGUGUGAUUACGCUUUGCUGAACUGCAGUAAUGCAGGCUGCCCGGUUCAGGUGUCGAGACGCUCUCUGGAAGCUCAUCUGUGUGUGUGUGAAUACAGCAGUAGAGUCUGUGCAAGCGGCUGUGGAUACACAAUCAUAAACACAGAGGAGGCCCAACAUAACUGUGUGUCGGAAUUACGAGCCGAGCUGGACAUGCUCAGGGCAGAAUUAAACUGCAAAGUUGAAGAGGUGAAGCAUGAAAUGGAAUCUCGCUUGGAUUCCCAAAGACGACACAUGGUGCAGAAGGAGAGUCUGCUGAGGAUUGAAGUGGACGAACUGAAGGGCCAGCUGUCCCGCGUCAUGUCAGAUGUCCGUGUUCUGCUGGGUGCAGAGAGAGCGCGCAGACAAGAGCUGGAGAGGGCGGAGCUUGAGAAGGCAGAGCUUCUUGAACUUUUAAAAAAGGAGGGGCUCAGACCAGCCACGCCCUCUGAAGCAGCACCGCCCCCUGCUGAGGUGCAGAGAAAGCACAGCUCAAGAAGCCUAGCUUUGGACUGCAUCAAAAGGAAGAAUAGAGAGGUGACAGUCAUCUGAGGACACUACAGAACAGUAAGGAAGAGGGAAUGUCACAUUAUGCGAAUAGAAAACCACUACCUGGAACUAAUCAUUUGAAUGAAGUCCCAUUAUUGUUGUUACUCUGGGUAAACUGAAUAAUUGAUAUGAGGAGAUUGGCUAUGUUCUUUGAUUUAAGCAAAUUGUGUAGUAAAAAGGGCCUUUUUACAAAUUUUGUAUGUUUUUAGAGGCUCAUUUUUCCAUUUGAAAGAUCCACAGAGAUGCAUUCUGCUAUAUCCAUUGAUAUUAAAAGAGUUUUUGACAAGGUACAUUGUGUAUUUCUACAUAAAAAUACACUCAAACAUA